GGCCACGCAUCCACCCACGACCACGAUCCAUCCCCCCUCGCAUCCGAGGAUCGGAGCGCCGCGCCCGCGCUAAAAGGGAGCUGGAGGAGCAGGGGCAGGGGGGACGCACGCACGCACGCACACAGCCGCCACCACCCCACCGGCCCACCUCGCGCCCGCUUUGCCCUGCUCUGCGCGCACGCGCACUAGCCCAUCGCUCCUCACAGCCGCGCCUACUGCCGUGCUGACCAUGAACCGCCCGACGCCGGCGCACCACAGGGGCAUGCCGCCGCCGCCGCAGCUGGCGCGGUACGGCUCCGCGCCGGGCUCGUUCCUCGCCGCGCUCGCCGACUCCGUCGCGCGCGGCGGGGGCGGAAGCGACGCGCCGGCCUCCCAGCAGCACCAGCCGGUGGCCGCCGUGGUGAGCCGGUUCUUCUCGGGGGAGUCGUCCGGGCUGACCUCCUGCGAGUCCAGCUGCCGGACGGCGGACGCCCCGCCGGCGCUCCAGCGGGCCUACGGCGGCUCCGGCGAGAUCCACGUGCCCCUCCCGCAGCAGCAGCAGCAGCAGCAGCCGGGGCUCCUCCGCCACAGCAGCUCCCCCGCCGGGCUGCUCUCCCGCCUCAUGGCCGACCCGCACGGCAAUGGCGGCAUGGGCGGCACGAGAGGAGGAGGGAUGGGGAGCGGCUAUGCGCACUCGCACUCCCAGGGCGGAGGUAACGUCGACGCGAUGGCGGCGCAGCAGAGGAGGCUGAGCUCGCAGUGGAGCUUCUCGAGGCAGCAGGACAUGAUGCCGCACAUCGCGGAGAUGGGGAUGGCCAUGCCGACGCCGAUGCCGCCCGCGGCCGACGCCGGCGAGAGCAUCGGCACCGGCCACGGCGGCGGCUCCAGCGACCUCUCCAGGAGCUUCUCCAUGAGCUCCUGGGACGACACCAACUCCAACAUCAUCUUCUCCGCGCCCGGCGGCGGCGGCAAGAAGGCCAAGCUGAUGGCCGACGGCGACGACGGCAUGGUCACCAGCUUCAGCAACAUCGACUCACAGUUUGGCUCGUCUCUGGACAUGCCCGGCAUGGACGACUACCUGCAGCUGCAGCAGGACUCCGUCGCCUGCAGGGUCCGCGCCAAGCGCGGCUGCGCCACUCACCCGCGGAGCAUCGCCGAGAGGGAAAGAAGAACAAGGAUCAGCAAGAGGCUUAGGAGGUUGCAAGACCUCGUGCCCAACAUGGACAAGCAAACAAAUACUUCAGACAUGCUGGACAUUGCAGUAGACUACAUCAAAGUGCUGCAGGACCAAAUUGAGAAACUAAAACAGGACCAAGGAAACUGCUCCUGCUCAGCCGAUCAGAAGUGCUGACGCCGCAGAACCAGAUGUGCGAGGUUAUGUUUGUACCAAUGUGAUUAGCAAGCCCAAGUUUUGCUCGGGAGAUUAAGUUGUAAAUGUCCUUCGCAUCGCGUUUCAAGUAGUCUCCAUGCCCAUCUUCCCCUUUCGUAUUUGUACUAUGGAUUAGUAGCUUCAAUGGCUUCAAGACUAGGAGGUGACAAGUAGAAUGUUGUAAUUUAAGUAUUAAGGCCUUGCCAAUCUUUCAUUUCAACGCAAGUUGGAUUGCUUCUGCUUA